UGAGAUAAUAAUAAAUGAAGAGUAAAAUGCAAUGAUGGUUCUGAAAAAUUUAGGGUUUUGUUUGUCGUGUUAUGGAGAGUAAAAGUCAGUCUUCCAUGUGCGUCUGGGACUCUCUCCUUCUCCAGUCCAAUCCCAUUACUUGAUAAGGCUUGAAUUGAAUGCCAUAUUUUUAUUUUCGCUCAAUUGCAGUCUCUGACCAUCUGUUUCCCUUGUUUUGUUUUCUUCUUCUUCUUCUUCUUCUUCUUCUUCUUCUUCCGAUUUCUCUCUCUCUCUGUCUGUGCCUGUCCUUCAGUCACUCAAAGUAAGCAAAGAAAAACAAAGCUAUCAAAGAAAGGCUUCCAUCGAAUCGAGGUAUGAGAAAAGGGCAACAAGAGAAGAGAUUUGUUGUACAGAAUCUUUAGACUUUGUUUUAAAAAAAGAAGAUAACAAUGGAAGGUGGAGGAAGAGUUGGUGUUGGUGUUGUUGAAGAUGACACGGGAGAUGGCAUGCAGUGCAGUGAUCAUCCUUACAGAAACAACCCAGGUGGGAUCUGUGCUUAUUGUCUUCAAGAAAAGCUUGGAAAGUUGGUUUCUUCCUCUUUUCCUUUACCUGUUCGUGGCUCUUCUUCUUCUUCUUCUUCUCCUCCUUUCAGUUUUGACAUUAGUGGUGGUGUUGCUGCUGGUGCUGGUGGUUGUGUUACUGCUACUUCUUCUUCUUCAGCUUCUCUUGCACUUUCUCUUUCUGUUCGCCCCAGAACCACCUCUAAAAGUCGUCGAAAUGAUAAUGCCAAUGAUCGUCAUUGUCAAGAAUAUUAUACGAGGCGGGCCAGGAUCCCUUUUCUUUUAGCAAAGAAGAAGAAGAAAAUCAUGGUGGCAUCAUCAGAUCGUGCGGCAGAUAUUGUUUUCAAGAGAAGCAAGUCCACUGCCACUCCACGAAGAGGCCAUUUGUUGGAUGCUGAUGAAGGUGAAGUUUUUAGCCCCAGAAAGCGAGGUGGGUUUUGGUCAUUUCUUUACCAUUCCUCUCUAAGGUCAAACGCCACAAAGAAAGCGGACAAGAUCUCAACUUUAACAUCAACUACCACAAAUGGCUCUCAUGUGAAGUCAAAAGAGAGAGGCUUGGGCUCUUCACUUUCAAGGAAAAGUGAUAUUGUUGUCAAUGAGGAAGAUGAUAGUCCCAACGGUCAAGCAACUGCCUCAGCUUCAUCUUUUGAGCGUAAAGUCUCGAGAUCCAGAUCUUUAGGGUGUGGAAGCAGGAGUUUUUCUGGCGAUUUCUUUGAAAGAAUCUCUACAGGUUUUGGAGACUGUACUCUCAGAAGAGUUGAGUCUCAAAGAGAAGGCAAACACAAGGUGAACAACACAACUUCAUCUCACAUGAAAGAAAGAGUUAAAUGUGGUGGGAUUUUCGGUGGGUUUAUCAUGACAUCAUCUUCCUCUUCAUCAUCUUCAUCAUCAUAUUGGCUUUCAUCUUCUGCAGAAGAUCAUGUGAAUGGGAAACCAACAGCCGCUGCUGCAGGUCCACUCACUCAUGGAAGAAGUAAAAGCUGGGGAAGGGCUUUUGCUAGUCCCAUGAGAGCUUUCACCAAACCCUCUUCUAAGCAUGCAAAUAAAAACACUACCCCAAAUUUAGCAGCCAUUCCUUCAUUGUUGGCUGUGAGAGGCUAAAAGAAUAAAGAUGACAACUUUAGGAUCUUGGGGUAUACAUCAUAUUGGCAUGAUAAUUUUUUCCCAUAUUUCUCUUAUGUAAUUGCUUUUUUCUUCUAUUUACAAACUGGAUUUCCUUUUAGAUAUUUGCUUGCCUGGUCUUUUGUCCACCAUUAAUGGUGGGUUGAGAUCAGCUAAUCAAGCUAGCCUGCACUGAUGGAAUACAAGAACCAGAAUUCCAAAGUGAAUCAUGCAGAGUUCAAUCUGUAUUCUUUAAUCUUUGUAGUGUUUAUUUGUAAGUUGAAUCUUGAAUGUUAUGCCAUAGAAAUGUGUAAUUCUGAUAUUUCCUUA